GAUGGUGGCGCUGGUGCAUGAAUUUUCCUUUACGUUCUUGGCGGUCGUACUUCGUGUUGAGUAAAACGAAGUAUUAACUUUUAUAUCUGUUAGGAUAUAAAAAAUCCGUCAGAUUUCGUGUUAAAAAAAUGGUUCAAAAGAAGCCAAAGAAGAAGGUAGGAAAGAAGGUAGCAGCUGCGCCAUUAGCAGUGAAAAAAGUCGAGCCCAAAAAGCAAACCAAUCCUCUAUUUGAGAAACGCACCCGCAAUUUUGGUAUUGGUCAGGAUAUUCAACCUGCCCGUGACCUUAGUCGUUUUGUGAAAUGGCCCAAGUACAUUCGUAUUCAGCGACAAAGGGCUGUAUUGCAAAAAAGAUUAAAAGUACCACCACCGAUCAAUCAAUUCACACAAACAUUAGAUAAACAAACUGCAACACAAUUAUUCAAAAUGUUGGAAAAAUACAGACCUGAGUCAGCUGUUAUGAAAAAAUUGAGGUUAAAAGCUAGAGCUGAGCAAAAAGUUACAAAAAAAGAAGAUACACCAACAAAGAAACCUAAUGUAUUACGUAGUGGAACAAAUACAGUAACUACACUUGUUGAACAAAAGAAAGCUCAACUUGUGGUGAUUGCCCAUGAUGUAGACCCAAUUGAGGUUGUUCUAUUUCUACCAGCUCUUUGUCGUAAGAUGGGUGUACCUUAUUGUAUUGUGAAAGGUAAAUCGCGGUUGGGACGUCUUGUCAGGCGUAAAACUUGCACUGCAGUAGCUUUAGUUCAGGUGGAUUCCGGCGAUAGAGCUAACUUCUCGAAACUUGUUGAAGCUAUUAAGACGAACUUCAAUGAUAGAUACGAUGAAAUCAGACGUCACUGGGGUGGUGGUCUCCUAGGUAGUAAAUCUGCUGCUAGGAUAGCUAAGUUAGAGAAGGCUAAAGCAAAAGAACUUGCGCAAAAACAGGGUUAAGAUCUAUCUGUUUACUGAAUAUUAUUUACUAUGUGCAACAAUAAAAUUCAAAAUCAAA